UCACCUCCUAUAUAAACUCCUUCCCACAAUCACAUCCAAACUCUAAUUACAAAUCAAAUAAGUCUAGAGAGAGAGAUUGAUUUAGUUGAAUUUAACUAAAGCAUCAAUAUCUCAUCCAACUUUUUUCAAAAUCAAAGAAUGGGAAACAGCCUAAGGUGUUGUUUGGCAUGUGUUCUUCCAUGCGGGGCGCUAGACUUGAUCCGAAUAGUACACUUAAACGGGUCAGUGGAUGAGAUAACGGGUCGGGUCACCGCCGGCGAGGUCUUAAAGAACAACCCGAAUCACGUGCUCACAAAGCCAUGCUCCCAAGGCAUGGCCCGCCGGAUCCUGAUCCUCUCGCCCGACUCGGAGCUCAAACGGGGCUCCAUUUAUUUCCUCAUACCGUCUUCUUCCCUGCCCGCUGACAAAAGCAAAAAAAUCCUCAAGAAACUCAGCUCAUCCAAGAAAAAGUCGCCGGAGAUUCUCGUCGGCGAGUCACCGGAGAUCGUCGCGCCGGAGAAGAAGCAGUCCUCGAGGCGGCACCACCGGAGCAGAAGCAAUGCCGGAGUAAUUUGGAGGCCCUAUCUUGAGAGCAUUUCUGAGGACUAACUAGUCACAAUUUUUAUAUAUAUUUGAAACACAUUUUUUUACCCCAUUAAUAUAUCUUGGGGUAUAUUUUCUUUUCUUUUUUUGGUUUAUAAAAUGUGGAUAGUUGAUGAUCUCUCUUUUUCUUCUUGAUCCUCGAGGGUUUUUUUUUUUUUUUUUUUUUUCCACUCUUACUCUCUCUUAUUUGCUUUUUUGGGAAGGUGGUUAUUUCCUAAUUUUUGCCUCAACCAAUUUACUCGUGAUAAAUCGACAAAAUGUUGAGGUGUAUAUGUAAUUUUUAAGGAUGAUAUUUUCCCUCUUUCUCAUUAAAAAGUCGAGAUGUUUUGUGUA